AUGGACUCCCCCAAAUCUCCCACUGGCGCCCCCCUCCUCCCAGACCGCGCACCCCCCUACUCCGCCUUCACCGAGGGCAAGAAACGCCUCUACCUUUCCAUCGUCACAGCAGCCGGCUUCUUCGGACCCCUCUGCGGCGCCGUCUACCUCCCCUCACUGAACCUCUACGAAGACGUCUUCAAUGCAUCCGGCACAACCAUCAACGCCACAGUCUCAGUGUACAUGGCCGUUUUUGCAGUUGCACCCCUCCUCGGCGCCGCCCUCUCCGACCUCGGCGGCCGCAAAACAAUCUACAUCACAACCCUCGCCUCCUUCCUCCUCGCAAACAUCCUCCUCGCCUCCCUCCCCGCAAACAUAACCGCCCUCUUCAUCCUGCGCAUCUUCCAGGCCUUCGGCGCCUGCAUCGUCACCUCCAUCGGCGCCGGCACAAUAACAGACAUCUUCGAGCCCGCGCGGCGCGGCACAGCCCUCGCAAUAUUCCUACUGGGUCCACAGCUCGGUCCCGUCCUCGGCCCAUUGAUAGGCGGGCAAUUCGCGACGCACACGAAAUGGCGCUGGGCGUUUGGGUUCCUCGCGCUCUCUUGCUUCCCCGUGUACCUGGCCAUUCUAUUCGUUCUCCCCGAGACGCUGCGGUGUCUGGUGGGGAACGGGGAAGUCGUGUCUGCACGGCCGCUCUUCACGAUGCCUCAGCUGCGUCAGAAAUGUCUCGUGGACCAGGGCAAGUAUCCGCGGCCGCCGAAGCCGAGUCUGCGGAACUGGAUUGCCCUGCUUAUCCAGCCGACGCAGGCUAUUGUCUUCCUGAACGGCGCGCUCUCCUUCGCGGGGCUGUACCUCAUGUACGUCUCUUUCCCGGAUGUCUGGGGGCAACGGUACGGGUUUAGUACGGCGGAGGUGGGGUAUGCUUAUUUGAGUCCGGGAAUCGCCCUCUUCAUCGCCUCCCUCCUCACAGGGCGGUUUUCAGACUGGCACCGCGCAAAACUGCGCGCUCAAACCCCCAACGCAAAAAUCAAGCCCGAGACGCGCCUGCCGAUUCAGAUCGUCGGAUUUGUGGUCUCGGCGGCCGGCAAGGUUCUCUUUGGGUGGUUUACGCAGCUGGAACUCCAUCCGGUCUCGGGGCUUUUUGCGGCGGCAUUGGCUGGCAUCGGCACAGCAAUAAUCUUCGUCACGAGCACGUCCUUCCAAACGGAAUGCGCGCCCGCGCAAUCGGCGACCAUCGUUGCGCUGGCUGGGUUGCUGCGGAACAUUGCGGCGGCGAUUUCGGCGGUUCUUGUCGACGCGCUGGUGAGGGGGAUGGGGUACGGGUGGUGUUUCACGGGGCUGGGGAUUCUCGAUGGUGUUUGUGCGCUGGGGAUUCUUUAUAUUAUGUGGAAGGGGUGGAGAGGUGGGAAAGGGGAGAUGAAGGGGGGUGAGGCGGGUUGGUUCCGGAUUAAUUCUUGGAGGAGUUCGUAG